UUGAACUCCAAAACCCGUAUUUUGUUUCAUGGCCGUCGUUCCCAAUUUCCACAGUCGAUUAUUUACACUCUUUAGAAAGCAAUUCUUCAAGUCCAGUUUUCAGCCUCAUUCAACUCCCAGGUAUUGUUCGUCUCAACAGACCUAUACCCACAGUGAGAACGAUGACAAUGACGACGAAGAAGUGGACCAGGACCAGAGUGUUAAACCCAAACCGCCCACCAAGACCAGAAGGGCUCGAGCCAUGGCUCGACUCAUCAACUGCAAGCCCUGGUCAAAUGAUCUUGAGUCUUCUAUCUCUUCACUCUCGCCCUCACUGUCCAAAACCUCUGUGCUCCAGACUCUCCGCCUUAUCACAGCCCCAUCCAAAGCCUUUCAGUUCUUCAACUGGGUGCAGAAAAUGGGUUUCUCUCACACUGACCAGUCGUAUUUCAUGAUGCUAGAAAUCUUGGGUCGUAAUAGAAAUCUCAAUGUAGCACGAAAUUUGCUGUUUUCGAUCGAAAAGAGGUCUAAUGGAGCUGUUAAGCUCGAGGAUCGGUUCUUUAAUAGCUUGAUUAGGAGCUACGGUGGAGCCGGGUUGUUCCAAGAGUCUAUAAAGCUUUUUACGACGAUGAAGUCGCUUGGUGUUUCACCUUCUGUUGUUUCAUUCAACAGUCUUUUGACGAUUUUGCUUAAACGGGGUCGAACUAAUAUGGCAAAGAAUGUGUAUGAUGAAAUGCUUAGUACAUAUGGUGUUACCCCGGAUACAUAUACGUUUAAUAUUUUGAUUAGAGGGUUUUGUAAGAACUCAUUGGUUGAUGAAGGGUUUCGGUUUUUUAAGGAAAUGUCACGUUUUAAUUGUGAACCGGAUGUUGUAUCAUAUAACACGCUUGUUGAUGGGUUGUGUAGGGUUGGGAAGGCUAGGAUUGCGCAUAAUGUGGUGAAGGGUAUGGGGAAAAAACGCAUGGAUUUGAAUCCUAAUGUUGUUACUUAUACAACUUUGAUUAGAGGGUACUGUAUGAAACAAGAGAUUGAUGAAGCUUUGGUUGUUCUCGAAGAGAUGGCUAGUCGCGGGUUGAAACCGAAUAUAAUUACCUAUAAUACUCUAAUUAAGGGGCUUUGUGAGGCAUCGAAGCUGGAUAAGAUAAAAGAGAUUUUGGAGGGAAUGAAGGAAGUUGGAGGAUUUACUCCCGAUACAUGUACAUUCAACACAAUAAUCCAGGCCCAUUGCAGUUCUGGAAACUUGGAUGAAGCAUUGAAUGUGUAUGGGAAGAUUUCGGAGUUUCAGGUCCAACCAGAUUCAGCUACAUAUAGUGUUUUAAUUCGUAGCUUGUGUCAGAUUGGGGAUUAUGCUAGAGCAGAGAAGUUGUUUGAUGAGCUAUCAGAGAAGGAAAUCCUGUUCAGGGAUGUUGGGUGUAAGCCUCUUGUUGCUGCAUAUAACCCCAUGUUUGAGUAUUUGUGUGGAAGUGGGAAAACUAAUAAAGCUGAGGGAAUAUUUAGGCAGCUAAUGAAAAGGGGAACCCAAGACCCUCCAUCAUACAAAACUUUGAUCAUGGGGCACUGUAGGGAAGGUACAUAUGAAGCUGGAUAUGAACUCUUGGUCUGGAUGUUAAGAAGAUAUUUUGUGCCUGAUUUUGAGAUCUAUGAAUCCUUGAUUGGUGGUUUCCUGCAGAAGGGAAAACCUCUUCUUGCUCAGCAGACUCUAGAGAAGAUGCUGAAAAGCUCUCAUCUCCCGAAAACGUCCACUUUCCAUUCUAUACUUGCAGAACUUAUUGAAAAGGGCUGUGCCCAUGAAUCUGCCAGUGUUAUAAUGUUGAUGUUAGAGAGAAAAAUUAGACAAAAUAUUAAUCUCUCAACAAAUUGUAUAAGGUUACUUUUUGGUAGUGGACUGCAAGAUAAAGCAUUCCAGAUUGUUGGCUUGAUUUAUGAAAAUGGGUACACAGUUAUGAUGGAAGACUUGGUUGGUUUCCUUUGCCAGGGAAGAAAGCUGUUAGAGGCACGUGAAAUGUUGCUAUUUAGCUUGGAUAAGAAUCAAAAUAUUGACAUCAAAAUUUGCAACACAGUUAUAAUGGGCCUUUGUAAAAUGAAGAAACUUUCAGAAGCAUUUGGUUUGUACUAUGAAUUGGCAGAGAAAGGAGUCCAUCAACAGUUGACCUGCCAAUAUGAUUUGAAAACUGCCCUAGACGCUGGGGGAAGAUCAAAUGAAGCUGGGUUUGUAUCUAAGAGGAUGCCAAGACAAAUGAACUAUAACUUUUUUCUCAUCAAACCCAUCUUUGAUAUUUUCUUCUUCUUCCUCCUACACCUCCUCACAAACAUGUCAAGGAUUAAUGGCAAUGGCGAUCCUGACAGAUUAUAUCAUGCAGCACAAACCAGACGGCUUCCUUCCCCAGGGAAGGCAACAAUCCUUGCUUUGGGGAAGGCCUUCCCCAGCCAACUCAUUCCUCAGGAGUGCUUGGUGGAGGGCUACAUUCGAGACACAAAAUGUGUUGACUCCUCCAUCAAAGAGAAGCUGGAGCGCCUGUGUAAAACCACCACUGUGAAGACAAGAUACACAGUAAUGUCCAAGGAGAUCCUAGAAAAGUACCCUGAACUUGCAACUGAGGGCUCACCAACGAUCAAACAAAGGCUUGAAAUUGCAAACCCGGCAGUCCUAGAGAUGGCAAAGGAAGCCAGCCUUGCCUGCAUCAAAGAAUGGGGAAGGCCAGCCCAAGACAUCACCCACAUCGUCUAUGUUUCAUCGAGCGAAAUCCGCUUACCGGGUGGUGAUCUUCACCUCUCCAGUCAGCUCGGCCUGAAGAGCGAUGUUGGCCGCAUAAUGCUAUACUUCCUCGGCUGCUACGGCGGCGUCACCGGCCUUAGGGUUGCCAAGGAUAUCGCUGAAAACAAUCCGGGAAGCCGGAUUUUGUUAACCACUUCAGAGACAACUAUACUCGGUUUUCGCCCUCCUAACAAGGAACGCCCUUAUGAUCUUGUUGGGGCUGCACUUUUUGGCGACGGAGCUGCUGCUGUGAUUAUUGGAUCCAACCCUUUAACGGGCCAAGAGUCUCCUUUCAUGGAGCUAAACUAUGCUGUCCAACAAUUCUUGCCGGGGACGCAUAACGUGAUCGACGGCAAGCUUUCCGAAGAGGGCAUAAACUUCAAGCUUGGAAGAGACCUUCCACAGAAGAUUGAGGAAAACAUUGAGGAGUUCUGCAAGAAGCUGAUGUUGAAGGCUGAUUUGAAAGAGUUCAAUGAUUUGUUCUGGGCAGUUCAUCCCGGAGGACCAGCAAUUCUCAAUCGGCUACAGAACACCUUGAAAUUAACAUCUGAUAAGCUUGAGUGCAGUAGAAGGGCAUUGAUGGAUUAUGGGAAUGUCAGCAGUAAUACCAUUUUCUAUGUCAUGGACUACAUGAGAGAGGAGUUGAAGAGAGGAAGGGAAGAAUGGGGGCUUGCCUUAGCAUUUGGACCAGGCAUUACCUUUGAGGGCAUUCUCAUCCGUAGCCUGUAA